AUGGCUGUCGUUCCCGAGGCCACUGUCUCCAACAAUGAGAUCCCUCAGCAAGUCAAGAAUUCACAGGCAUCCUCUCGACGCAUGUCCUGGAUCCAAUAUCUUUUCUUCCACGCACGCCUCAACGACAAUGUCUGCAACCAGAAUUACACUGGUAAAGGUACAGAAGAUGACCCAUACAUUAUCGAUUACCUGCACAAUGACCACCAAGACGCCAUGAAUUUUUCCAAUGGGCGAAAAUGGGCCAUCUCCAUUCUCCAGUCUCUAUCCACGUUUGUGGUGACCUUUUCCAGCUCGGUGUAUGUGAGCGGCAUCGGAGGCAUCGAGCAGCAAUUUAACGUGUCGGAGGAGGUGGCCACGCUGGGCUUGUCGCUCUUCGUGUUAGGGUUCGCUGUAGGACCGCUGAUAUGGGCGCCUCUUUCGGAGAUGUAUGGCCGCAAGUCCAUCUAUGUGAUUUCGUUCAUGGCGUACACGGCGUUCAGCGUGGCGGCGGCCUGCUCUCCCAAUAUCGCGGCCUUGCUGGUUCUUCGCUUCUUCGCUAGCGCAUUUGGUUCGUCGUCGAUGACCAAUACCGGGGGUGUCAUUGCCGACAUGUUUAGCAAGACACAGCGCGGAGUCGCAACGGGAUUUUUUGUCACAGCUCCUUUUCUGGGACCUGCGCUUGGGCCCCUUGCCGGUGGUUUUCUUGCUGAGAAACAGGGUUGGCGCUGGCCUCUCGGGUUAAUCGCUAUAAUGGCAGGCGUGGUCUCGAUUAUCACGAUGCUGAUCACCCCCGAAACAUACGCACCGUUAAUUCUCCAACGUCGAGCCGAAGCCCUUUCCCGGGUGACAGGACGAGUAUAUGUGUCUAGGAUCAAUGCGGGAAAGCCGCCCAAGACCUUCUCGCAGGAGCUAUUGAUCUCUCUCACGCGCCCCUGGAUCUUGUUGUUCCGCGAGCCCAUUGUCUUGCUGACGUCGCUGUACGUCGCCAUCAUCUAUGGCACACUUUACAUGUUUUUUGCCGGGUUUCCUAUCGUCUUCCAAUAUACUCGAGGCUGGAGCCAGGGCAUCGCCGGACUUCCGUUUAUCGGCGUCGCCAUUGGCGUCUGUCUUGCCACGCUGGCGGCCGGCGUAGACAACAAACGCUAUGUGCGUCUUUGCAAGGAGAUCGACGCAGGAGGAGGCACAGUCGAGCCAGAAGCCAGACUGAGUACGGCUAUGGUAGGCUCUUUCGUGGUUCCGAUUGGAUUGUUCAUGUUUGCCUGGACGACGUAUCCAUCGGUGCACUGGAUUGUACCCAUUAUCGGUGCCGUGUUCUUCUCGUGCGGACUCGUCAUGGUCUUCAUCUCGCUGAUGAGCUACCUGAUCGACUCUUAUACCGUCUAUGCUGCUUCUGUUAUGGCAGCCAACUCAGUGGUUCGGUCCUUGUUCGGCACUGCGUUUCCGUUGUUUACCACCCAAAUGUACGAGAAGCUCGGAAAUCAAUGGGCGAGCUCCAUUCCUGCAUUCCUAGUUCUUGCGUGCGUGCCUUUCCCGUUUCUUUUCUACAAGUACGGCCCGCAGAUACGCAGCAAGUGCAAGUAUUCCCUCGAAGCAGCUAAGGUGCUGGAGACGAUGAGCCGUCGGCAAGGCGCCAUGAUUGUAGGUGAGCCAAAUGGGCUAGAGAGUAAGGUUGAAGAGACUGUUUAG